GAAUCUGGAACCAAUAAUGGUGUGAAUAUGGUAACGCAAAAAUACUUCUAACUUAGGUUCAACAGGAAUUCAUUUAUUUCACAAGCGCUUCCGAAGAUAGACGCUUUAUGGUUUAGGAUAAUUGGUAUAACUAUGAGAAACAAGGUACUGCUAUUUGCAGUAGUGCUGGUGUUUUUAAAUUACGUAUCAACAAAGACCAUACAUGUUACUAAACAUCAUCAUAAAAAGAACCCAACUUCAACAGAUAAAAAUAUUACUAAAUCUGCAGAAAAACCGCAUAAAAAGAAUUUUAUAGAUAUAACGCAUUUAACACAUGACAGAGAGGCAUUUUAUUUUGACAUUGAUCAUGACUUUGAAGAUUUUAGUGGUCGUAUAAAUGCUCGCUCUGUGAUACCAAAGGGUGCUGUUGUUUAUAAAGCACAGCCUCGUCAGAAUGUGCCUAACUCAGAUCAAAAUGCUGCAGCUGACAAUGAUCAAGCACUUGAUGGUGAGGAAAUGGGUGAGGAAAUGGGCGAGGGAAUGGGAGACGAAAUGGGAGAUGAAAUGGGUGAUGAAAUGGGAGACGAAAGCUUGGAUGAGGGCACAGAUGAAGGUAUGGAAGGUGCUGAAAACGAUUUGAUGAACAGCAAUGAAGAUGGCGGUGAAGAAGGAAUGGAAGAUGAAGAAGAUUUUGAUAGUAAUGAAAAUGCAGCGGACGAUAAUAACAAUGGCAUUAGUAACAAUGUUGGAGAUAAUAUUGGAAAUAAUGAUGUUAAUAAUGGUGGAGAAGAAUUUGUGCAAAAUGAUGAUUCGGCUGAGGGUAUCAAUGACGAUGAUGAAGAUGAAGAUGACACAGACGACGAAGAAUCAUUUGAUAAUGAUGAAGACUUUGAAGACGAAGACAAAAAUUAUUCUCCAGAAGAAACAGGUUCAGAAGAUUUUAGUAGUGAUGACAUUGGUGAAGAACAUGAUAUGGAAGAAGCUGAGUCUAAUUAUGAAUAUGAAGAUAACGAUGAUGAGGAGCCAGCAGAUGAUUCCAGUGAUGAAGCACUUGAUGAAGAUUCUGAAGAAGAAAAUGACGAUGAUCCAAAUGCCGAAUUAGAUGGAGGUGAAAUGACUCCUGGAAAUGAGAGAGAUAAUGUUGUUAAUGGCGGAUCUCAACAAGGUGGUGGAAUGGGUGGUCUCACAGUCUCUUCUAUGAAGUGGGGAAGUACUGGUGGAGGUGGCAUGAGCAUGACUGGCGGUGGUGGUGGAAGUUGGAGUAGCAGCAGUAGUAGUGGUGGCAUGAGUGGAUCAGGUGGAGCUGGUGCAGGUGGUGCAGCUGGAGGUGGAAUGAGAGUAAGUGGAGGUAGUAUGAAAGUAAGUGGAGGUGGCAUGAGAGUGAGUGGAGGCGGCCGUGGAGGUUAUGGUGGAAAAAUGAGUGGUGGAAGUGUUAGCGGUGGCCGUGGAGGUUACGGUGGAAAAAUGAGUGGUGGCGGAAGAAUUAGCAGCGGUGGAAGAAUUAGUGGUGGUGGUAGAAUUAGCGGUGGUGGAAGAAUAAGCGGUGGUGGUAGAAUAAGUGGUGGACGUGCGGGUUAUGGUGGACGAAUGGGAGGAAACAUGAGUGGAAAAAUGACUGGUGGUCGGGGAGGUUAUGGUGGAAAAAUGGGUGGUGGACGUGUUAGUGGAUAUGGUGGUAGAAUGGGUGGAAAAAUGGGUGGCAGAUUUGGUGGAAAAAUGGGUGGCAGAUUUGGUGGAAAAAUGGGUGGAAGAUUCGGUGGAAAAAUGGGUGGAAGGUUUGGUGGAAAAAUGGGUGGAAGGUUUGGUGGAAAAAUUGGUGGAUACGGUGCCAAAAUUAGUGGUAAAGGAGGAAUGAGAUUGUCUAAAGGCAUGAGAUUAGCUGGGAAAUGGGGUGGUGGAAAAAUGGGUGGUCGUAUGGGUGGUAAAAUGGGUCGAAAGAUGGGUUGGAAAAUGGGUGGCAAAAUGGGAUGGAGAAUGCGAGGAAGAAAAGGUGGAAAAAUGUUUAAAACCAGUGGAAAGCUGCUUCGUAUUGGUGGUAAAAUGAUACGACUUAAAGGACGUAAGGGUCACCGAAUGGGUAGAAUUAGAAUUCGAUUUAAGACAAGAUUAGUAAAAUGGGACUGGAGAAGAUAUUUGCCAGGAUUUAAAUAUGAAUCUGUUGGAAAAGCUAGCAUUGGUUUCUUAAUUGAUGGAUCCAUUUCAAAACAUCUUUCAAUGAUCCAACGUUUUGUAUAUAAUCUUGCACUUAUGUUUAAGAGAAAUUCUUAUAUUUCUAUAUCUACGUAUGGACCCACUGUGACAAUGCUUAACGAUUUCCAAACAUUCAAGUCUAGUGCUGAAAUAAAAGCUAAAUGUCAAGCUAUCAAGCCUAACACUGGUGGACGAAAGAUAGGCGAAGCCUUGGAACACUAUUAUAAACUUUACGAAGCUGUAAAAGGAAAAGCCAAGCUGAAAAUGAUUUUGUUUUUGUUCGUAAAAGGUGCAUCUCAAGGUGAUAAAGGAAAGAUGACAGAAUAUGGAAAGAAAUUCAGAACAUUAGGUGUUAAGAUUUUCAUCAUCUCUCUUGGCUCUGGUGCUAGCUUGUCUGAACUUCAAACAAUUACGAAGAGACCACGUAUUUUCAUGGCAAGAAAUUACAAAUCGAUAGUCAUGGGUGGACGAGGUCUGAGGAUCGGUGGAAGGCGACGUCGUAGAGGCUCGAUCUUUCUUAUAUUUCAACGUCGAUUUUCGAGAUGGUUGGGAAUUCAAGUUGGUGUAUCAUCAAUGCAUGCAACACAUCAUCAUGGACAUUCACACAAAGAAUGGUGGUUCCGAGUUUGGGGAUGGUAUCGAUACAUUGGUUUACGUUAUGGAAGUAUUGGCCGUGCAAAUCUUGCAUUCGUUAUUGAUGGUACCAAUUCAGAACUUAUCAUGUUCAUUCAAAGAUACGUAUAUAAUUACAUUCGACUUUUCCAACUUCAAGGAACUUAUGUCACUAUCAUGGCAUAUGGUCGUGAUCAAUACAGAAUUGCCAGUUGGGUAACCUUUAUCAGUCCACAAGAAAUUCAGAAAUAUUGUGCGUCUAUACCAUUUAUCCAAACAAAAUUCAGAAACACUGGUGCAGCUUUGUCGUCUAUGUUGAAAUUGUUCACUGCUCAAAAGACAAAAAACAAUAAUCCGAAUCUAUUGUUUUUAUUGGUUACUGGUACGUCUACAGAUAAAGAUAAGUUGGCUGAAAUUGGUAAAGAAUACAGAGGAAUGGGCAUUAGGAUAUGGACAGUUGCUGCAGGUCCAGAAGGUCAAGCUGCAUCGUCUGAAUUGAAAGGUGUGGCAUACUCUCCUGGAUAUUCAAUUGCUGGUGGCAUCACAGCAAUGGUUCAGAAGCAAACCUUUAACACAAUGACUGGAUCUUUAAUGAAAGUUGCUGGAGCAGGCAACGCUAUGGCUCAAACAACUGGCUCUCCCGCUAUGCUGAAGGUCCAAUCAAAAUGGAAUUGGAGAAGUGGUAUGAAAGGAAUUCGAUAUGGAUAUCUUGGACGGGCUAAUAUUGGUAUACUUGUUGAUGGUGUAGAAGCCCAAAACUUUGGUUUUGUUCGAAGAAUGGUUUAUAACUUGAUCAGAAUGUACUCACUUUCUGGAUCGUAUGUUACCAUCAUUGUCUAUGGUUCCAAACCAUUCCGAGUGGCAAACUUUGUUCAAUUGAGAAAUGCAAGAGAUAUAAAGAAGUUAUGUUUAUCUAUGCCGAAGGUUGCGAAUGGAGUACGAAAGACUGGUGCAGCAUUGCAAUCAAUGUUGCAAGCUUUCAGCCAAGCUCCACCAGGAAAUCCAAAUGUUCUCUACGUUCUACAACAAGGACCAUCUGCAGAUAACGUUGCUGCUCCAGCAAGCUCCUUGAGGAAGUUUGGUAUUAAAGCCAUGGCAUGUGGCGUUAGUCCAAAAGCUAGUCCAAAGGAUUUGUCAUCAAUCGCAUUUUCAUCAUCUACUAUCUUUCAAUCAUCUCCAACUGGCUUAGCCAAGACUGUUGGCAACAUACAAGCAGCCACCGCAUCAAUUGUCGGUACUGUCUCCAAAGCUACUGGAAAGUCUGGACACACAAGCUGUAAAAAGUCUGAUAUUGUCAAAACGUGGACGUGGAAAACAUUUGGUGUUUCAUUUUCUUACGGAGCUGUAAACAAGGCAUCGGUUGGAUUUUUAAUCGACGGAACAAACACCCACCAUUUUGAUGUUUUACAAAAAUUAGUCUACAAUGUUUAUAAGCUGUUUCAACCUGGCACUGCAGCAUCUAUUGUCACCUAUGGAACAACUGUCAACAAAGAUAUGGCUAUGUUUAGACGUUACACUGACAUGACAGCUAUGCAGACUGCUUGUUCAGCUAUUUCGUAUAGUGGUGACAAGGGAAGAAAAACUGGAUCUGCCAUAUCUUCAUUCGAAGAGAUUUUUAAUUCAGCUCCAGGAGGCAAAAAGAUUCUGUUUUUACUAACGACAGGAAAAAGCGACGAUGAUGUAGCUACACCUGCCAAAAAACUUGUGUCAAAGGGAAUCUCAAUUUUUGCACUUGGUAUUGGAAAAGACAUCAAGAACUCAGAACUGAAAACUAUUUCUCGUUAUUUCUUAACUACGAAAUGGAAGGGCCUGUUAACAUCUAUGGUUAAAAUUCAAAAUUCGUUGGUCAAAGUUACGGGUAAAAGUCCACAACAACAACCAGAUACUGGUCCACAACCUAUUUCACCACCAGGUGACCCAGCUGAGAAACCGCCACUAUCCCCACCAUCAGGAUCUUUUAUUGCAAGUUCGUCUACUCAAUCAAUUGGUAAACUUCAAACAAGUUGGGACUGGUCAAAAAUGGUUCAGGGCGUAAAACCAGAAGGUAUGAAAGCUGUCAAUUUAAUCAUACUUGUUGAUACUACAAAGAAAGAGAAUAUGGAUGUUUUGAUUCGAUUCAUUGCAAACGUAAUUGGCUUAUUUAAAUUGAAAGAAACCCCAGUUACUUUGAUAUCCUUCGGAGGAGAACCCAGCACUGUGUUCAAUGCAAAAACCUUUUCGAACCCAAAUGAAGUGCAAGAAGCUCUAAAACAAUUGAAACCACAACCUAGCAGCACCUGCAAAACUGGCAAAGCACUGAUGUUUGUUAAAAAAACACUUGCUCCUCAACUUAAAGGCGAUAAGAAAUCUGUAGUGUUAUUGAUUUCUCGUUCCAAAUCUGCUGAUGAUAUAAGUAAAGGAGCAGAACAACUCAAAGGAUCUGGUUUAACUUUAGCAGCUGUCGGUCUUGGUGAUGAGUACAGUCAAGAAGAGUUAUCAACUUGCGCUACUACUGGACAACUGGCUUUGUCUGGAACUGUUGGAGAUUUAGCAGUGUUUAUUGCAAGAAUACAAUUUGGUUUAACGAUGAUUGUAAACGGCUUACCAAAAUCUGUUACAAUCUCGUUGACAUCUAUGGGUGGUGAUGGCGGUGCUAAUCUUGCCACUACUGUUCUCAACACUGUCCAAACAGGAAGUGUACCAUCAGAAACUGCUGGACAACCUGGUACUUCAAAUACAGGUGCUUCAGCAGGCGACUCACAAGGAGGUGACACUGGGGGUGGUUCGGCCGGUGCACCAGAGCAAGGAGGUGCUGCAAAACCAGAUGGGGGUAAAAAGCCAGGCGGUAAAGUUGAAAAACCAGCUGGUGAGCCAGAAACAGGUGGCGGUGAAACUGGUGCAGGUGGAACUGAUGUAUCUGCUGGCGGUGGUGUAGCAGGAGCAACAGAAGCUGCAGCCGGACAGAGCAAACAAGACGGAGGUCCGGGAGGUCCAGCUGAUGGUGAUAAACCUGGUCCAGACGGAAAACCAGUUGGUCCUAAUGGUGAGGCCCCAAAUGGUGUUGGCCCAGACGGAAAACCAGUUGGUCCCAAUGGUUUAGGUCCAGACGGAAAACCAGUUGGCCCUAAUGGUGAGGCUCCAAAUGGUGUUGGCCCAGACGGAAAACCAGUUGGCCCUAAUGGUGAGGCUCCAAAUGGUGUUGGCCCAGACGGAAAACCAGUCGGCCCUAAUGGUGAGGCCCCAGGCGCUGUUGGUCCAGACGGAAAACCAGUUGGUCCUAAUGGUGAGGCUCCAAAUGGUGUUGGCCCAGACGGAAAACCAGUUGGCCCUAAUGGUGAGGCUCCAAAUGGUGUUGCCCCAGACGGAAAACCAGUUGGCCCUAAUGGUGAGGCCCCAGGCGCUGUUGGUCCAGACGGAAAACCAGUUGGUCCUAAUGGUGAGGCUCCAAAUGGUGUUGGCCCAGACGGAAAACCAGUUGGCCCUAAUGGUGAGGCCCCAGGCGCUGUUGGUCCAGACGGAAAACCAGUUGGUCCUAAUGGUGAGGCUCCAAAUGGUAUUGGCCCAGACGAAAAACCAGUUGGCCCUAAUGGUGAGACUCCAAACGGUGUUGGUCCAGACGGAAAACCAGUGGGUCCUAAUGGCGAAACUCCAAAUGGUGAAGGUCCAGGUGGUGUUGAUCCUGAUGGAAAACCAGUUGGUCCAAAUGGCGAAACUCCAAAUGGUGAAGGUCCAGGUGGUGUUAGCCCUGACGGAAAACCAGUUGGUCCAAAUGGCGAAACUCCAAAUGGUGAAGGUCCAGGUGGUGUUAGCCCUGACGGAAAACCAGUUGGUCCAAAUGGCGAAACUCCAAAUGGUGAAGGUCCAGGUGGUGUUAGCCCUGACGGAAAACCAGUUGGUCCAAAUGGUGAAACUCCAAAUGGUGAAGGUCCAGGUGGUUUUAGCCCUGACGGUAUACCAGUUGGUCCAAAUGGCGACACUCCAAGCGGUGAAGGUCCAGGGGGUGUUACUCCUGAUGGAAAACCAGUUGGUCCAAACGGUGAGGCUCCUGGUAGUGUUACUCCUGACGGAAAACCGGUUGGUCCAAAUGGCGAAACUCCAAAUGGUGAAGGUCCUGGUGGUGUCAGCCCUGACGGAAAACCAGUUGGUCCAAAUGGCGAAACUCCAAAUGGUGAAGGCCCAGGGGGUGUUACCCCUGAUGGAAAACCCGUUGGUCCGAAUGGGGAAACUCCGAACGGUGAAGGUCCAGGUGGUGUUACCCCUGACGGAAAGCCAGUUGGUCCAAAUGGCGAAUCUCCUAAUGGUGAAGGUCCUGGUGGUGUUACCCCCGACGGAAAACCAGUGGGUCCAAAUGGCGAAGCUCCAAAUGGUGAAGGCGCAGGUGGUGUUACCCCUGACGGAAAACCAGUUGGUCCAAAUGGUGAAACUCCAAAUGGUGAAGGUCCAGGUGGUGUUACCCCUGACGGAAAACCAGUUGGUCCGAAUGGCGAAACACCAAAUGGUGAAGGUUCAGACGGUGUUACUCCUGACGGAAAACCAGUUGGUCCUAAUGGCGAAACUCCAAAUGGUGAAAGUCCAGGCGGUGUUACCCCUGACGGAAAACCUGUUGGUCCAAAUGGCGAAACUCCAAAUGGUGAAGGUCCAGGUGGUGUUACCCCUGAUGGAAAGCCAAUUGGUCCAAAUGGCGAAACUCCAAAUGGUGAAGGUCCAGGUGGUGUUACCCCUGAUGGAAAGCCAGUUGCUCCGAAUGGCGAAACUCCAAGUGGUGAAGGUCCAGGUGGUGUUAGCCCUGAUGGAAAACCGGUUGGUCCAAAUGGUGUAGGUCCAGGUGGUGAAGGUCCAGGUGGUGUUACACCUGAUGCGAAGCCUGUUGGUCCAAAUGGCGAAACUCCAAACGGGGAAAAUUCGGGUGGUGUAUCUCCAGAUGGAACGCCAGUUGGUCCAAAUGGCGAGACUCCAAAUGGCGGAGCUCCUGGUGGCGUUACUCCUGAUGGCAAACCUGUUGGUCCAAACGGUGGAACUCCCAAUGGCGAAGCACAAAAUCCUGAUGGUACAACACCGGUUGGAAGUACCGCUAGUGGUACAACUCAAAACAAUGGUUCUCCUAACGGUGGUGCGCCGAAUGGUGGUACUCCUGGUUCAAACGUAGGAUGUACAGAUAAUGGUGGUGGUAAUGCUCCCGUUACUACUCCAAGCCCCAACAAUGGUUGCGGUAAUGGUCCCACGGAUGGCGUUGCACCCGAUGGUACAGGAAGUCCAGAACCAACAGGUGCACCGGGUGGUGAAACCCCUGUCGGCGAGACGGGUAUGUGUCCAAAAUGUAAUGGCAAAUGCCCACCAGGGUGCAUUCCUGCGUCAGCGUGUAAUCCUAAAACGAGAAAUUGUGUCCAGCUGAACAAGCCGAUCAUCAAGUCAUUCAGUGGAAAAAAGCACAGGUAUAUUGACGAUGACAGCAUACAGACGGAUGAGAAAGAAAUUAACACCAUUCAAAAACUCCUAGAAGAUUUUUAUGGUGAUGACGGUUUGAAGAGAGAAGAGAUCACAAAACCACAAGCUAUCCAUGACAAGUGACAUUUCAACCGACAUACAAUUCCAAUCAAGGAAAAGAAUUUUUAAAUUUAGUUUUUUUUAUCGUUCAAAUUGAAUACGCAUUGUAUCUGUUUUUAUAAUUGAGAUUAGUGCAAAAUUCAAUCCAAAUAACAGUCCCAAUAAAUAAAUAAAUAAAUAAAUAAACAAAUAAAUAAAUAAAGAAGAAGCUUUCCUUGAUAAAACGAGCCAAGGAUAUUCAGAUAAAGUUAUAUAAAAAGCGAAAAGUGAAGUUCUUUUUUGGGGUUCUUGCAAACAAUACAGUGUGAUUUUAUACCUUUCCUUUUUACAUAUUAGUUCUUUUUUGUUUCAAUUAUAUAUUAUAAGUGGAAUCCCUGAAGCAAUGUGUAUACACGAAGAAAAUGCUAUGCUGAUUUUUAUUCAGUUUAAGCAUGAAUUUAAACCCGGUAAAGACAACCCUACUUGUAGUUUUGUGAUUUUUGACGUGUGAGAGAAUUUGAAAAAUAUAUAUACGUAGUUCAAUUAUUUUUUGUUAAAUAUAUUUAAAUAAAUAUUUAAUUUUAUAAAAUAUAUUUAGAUAGUUGAAUAUUUAUUUUUUGCGUGUUGUAAACACUAUUGUUAUGAAUAAACAAAAGCAUUCAAAAUACCUUUUUCAAAUAUCUUU